AUGUCCCAGCGAGCAGAUGCCUCCCAGUGUGGCGGGGUCGUGGUCGAGUUUGAGUCUGACGACAUCAGGGAUGCAAGAGCUGAUAAAGAUAGGAGUAUACCAGGUUCAGCUCUUAUCUACCUCAAGGGUCCCAAGUUUCUCAUCUAUGUCAGUGGAGCGUUGUCAAUGUGGGGCGACCGCAUGUGGCACUUUGCAAUCUCUGUGUUCCUGAUUGAGCUGUACGGUCACAACCUGCUGCUGACUGCGGUGUUUGGACUGGUAGUGGCUGGGUCAGUGCUCCUGCUUGGAGCUUUGAUUGGAGACUGGGUUGAUCGCAAUCCCAGGAAUAAAGUUGCACAUGCGUCUCUUUUCAUUCAGAACAUCUCAGUGACAGUGUGUAGCAUUGUGCUCAUGUUGGUGUUCUCAUACAAACAAAGGAUUGAACAGAUCUGGGAUGGAUGGCUUACUGUGGUUUGUUAUACGGUGGUGAUCGUCCUGGCAGAUGUGGCAAACCUUGCAAGCACAGCACUGACCAUCGCCAUUCAGAGGGACUGGAUUGUGGUUAUCACAGGCUACAACAGAGGUCACCUGGCUGGAAUGAAUGCAACCAUGAGGCGGAUAGAUCAGGUGACUAACAUCCUGGCCCCACUAGCAGUGGGACAGGUCAUGACCCUGGCCUCCAAUGUAGUUGGCUGUGGCUUCAUCCUGGGCUGGAACCUGGUGUCCCUCAUUGUGGAGUUCUUCUUCUUGUCCCGGGUUUAUCGCAUCGUCCCUGCUCUGUCAGUCAAACCCCCGGUGGUGGACGUGGAUCAGACGUACCUGCAGAAGAUCGAGAGGAGAAGGUCACAAGGUAUGGGCCGCAGUGUUGCACCACCUCAGCCUCUGACGGAGGGCAACUGCAACUCCAGAGUGCACCUGAAAGAAAUCACCAACCUGCCACUGUGUUUCCGGAGGUUUCGCUGGCUGGUGAGCACCUGUAAAGACGGCUGGAGGGCCUACUAUCGCCAGCCUGUCUUCCUGGCAGGAAUGGGCCUGGCUUUCCUUUACACCACAGUCCUGGGGUUCGACUGCAUCACCACCGGCUAUGCCUACACUCAGGGCAUAAGCGGAUCCCUCCUCAGUCUGCUGAUGGGCGUAUCAGCUAUCACAGGGUUGAUGGGCACCGUGAUGUUCACCAGACUCAGGAAGACCUAUGGCCUGGUUAACACAGGCAUCAUCUCCAGCUGCCUCCACCUGGGCUGCUUGCUGCUGUGUGUGUGCUCGGUGUUUGCCCCCGGCAGCCCUAUGGAUCUUAGCUUGCUGAUGCCCUACAUUACCUCCAACUCCUCCGCUGAGCUCGACGGGAUGGCAGGCCAAAGGCAAAAACACACUUAUCCUCUGACGGGAGGCAGCAAUCAGCCACUGCUGCCCGACCGCUCCUCCAUCCACUGGACCAACAACACUGUGCUGUUUGACAAUGUGCCGUCUGGCACAGCACCAGAGUCCUACAUCUCCAUUAUCCUGCUGUUCUUGGGUGUCAUCACAGCACGCAUUGGUCUUUGGUCCUUCGACCUGACCGUGACCCAGCUGCUCCAGGAGAACAUCUGUGAGUCAGAGAGAGGAGUGGUUAACGGAGUCCAGAGCUCCAUGAAUUACCUGAUGGACCUGCUUCACUUCAUCAUGGUGAUCUCCGCUCCACAGCCACAGCACUUUGGCAUCCUAGUCAUCAUCUCUGUGUUAUUCAUCACCACUGGACACACAAUGUACUUUUUGUACGCACACAAAGCCAAGAGAAAACGCCGCCUCGACACAUAAGGAGCAGAUACAACUUCCACAACCAUGCAUGAGAUGCUCACCGGCACUGAAUCCACUCUGCACCUCUGAAAUGAAUGUCUCCCUCCUGUUCCUCCAGCAGUCUUAUUGCAACACUCUGCUCCUGACUUAGCCAUUCAUUUCAGCACAACACAGCAAGUGCCUGCCCCACCUCGGUUGCUUUCUCCCUGCAGGGCCACUCGCCUACAGCAGCAAACAAGAACUCAGGUGAAGCAGAGUGGGAGACAAGCUCUCCCUUCAUGUACAUAAGUUGAGGUGGCUACAAUAAAUGCAGCAAUGAUACCUCCAGGGGAAAUGUCCUUAUCUAGCAUGCAAAGGGACACAAAGGUAAUGGCUAAGGCACCAGCACAUGCCUUUGCAAGCUCUGCAGAAUGACUGCAUAACUUUCAACUUACACAGCUUUUUAGGUGGGAGGGUGGAUGGAUGGAGAGAUUUUUCUAACCUUCACUCAGAUGAUACAUGCACAUACAGACGAGACUUUGACAAGUGGCAUUGAUGUUACUGAUCCGUCCACUUGGAAAUAUUCCAGGAUGUCCAGAAAGGAACAUAAAGGGAACUAGAUGUAAGAUUGUUUGAUUUUUAAAAAAAAAUCUGAAAGGCAGCCCCCCUUUUAAUGGACAGAAGUGAAAGUAUUUCCUUCCCCUGGUUUGUUUCUGUGUGGAUGAAUCAAGCAAACAUUUGCCUUUCUUUAAUGCAUGUAAACCUUAUAGCUUAUGAGUUAUAACAACGAAAAUAUCAUCACAUCAUGUCAUGUAUUUUAGUCAGACUUUAAUACAAACUAUUUUAUUCUUAUUGCUUGUGUAGUUAGCUUACAAAAAAUUUCCAUACUUUCCUAUAUAAAGAGUGAUAUUAAUAGUUUUAUAGAAAUCCAAGUGGAAACCAAUCUUCAUUUUGUGACAUGUUUGAAAUCAGUGAUAGCUACAUGUUGAUCUAUGCUACUGGCAGUAUUCUUUCACACUUUGCUUCAUUCUUUUGUAGUUCUGAUGAACUAAACAUUACCUUACCUCAACAAAGAACAGAAACACUGAAUACAACCUGGGAAUUACUCUCAACUACUGUAUGUUUUCAUAUCUCAGUCAUGUACAGUAGAAAUAACAUCAAAGUUGAACCUUUUGUCAUACAACCAGCAUCACAUCUCAAUAUAUUUGUAUUAUUUUCCUGUGAAAUUUCUAUAUUGUAUGUUGUCCUCAUUUUUAAGACUGAUAUUUAUGAUAAUAAAGAUGACUGAAGAGGAAC